AUAACGAGGUUAAUUUCUGGGUCAUCAUAUCUAACUUCUAACAUGUAUUUUGUGCAAAUCUCAAAAAUUGAGUCACUGUUAAGAGAACAUGUUUUUAAUGAUGACCUGUUAUUAAAGAUAUGGCUAUAAGGAUGGUUGACAAGUUUGACAAGUAUUGGAAUGAAUACAAUUAUAGUGUUAUACUUGCACUUGCAAUUAUUCUUGAUCCCCGAAUGAAGUUUGACGUCAUAAAGUUUACUUAUGCACAACUUGAUCCCAUAAAUUAUAAUGACAAGAUUCAAAGCAUUAGGACAAAGUUAUACAAUAUUUUCAAUGAAUAUAAAAGUAUGGGAUCAUCAUCUUCAACUUCUACUGGAGGUGGAGGUGAAUCAAGUUAUAGUAAUGUCAAUGUCUCAGGACCAACAGCAUCUUCUAGCCAAUCUACUCAUGUUGCAGUACUUGCAAAUGAUAAUGAUCAUUCUUCCUUGUUUUUGGUGACUAUCUUAAUUGCUAGAUCAAUGAUUGUGCAACAAUGGAAAAAUCUGAGCUUGAUUUCUAUUUAGAAGAAGCAACACUUAAUCCUCGAGUGUUUCAUAAGUUGAAU